AUGAGUUAUCUGUAUUUUGGUACACUCCCCUCUUCAGUGCCACCUGUCUUUGGUAUGAUAUCUAGUCUAUUUAGACACAACUCCAUGCUUAAAACAAAUGCACGAUUAUGAAGACUGCGCUUUCGAGUACACAUUUCAAUUAUUUCCAAUAGAUCAAAUACUAAAUAAAUGGAAAUCAUUCAUCCAAGCUGGCCCUCAAUGUGGCCUAGAAUGCUUACUGAUGGCAAGUCAAUCGUAAUUAUUUCCACUUAUACUCUAGGAUUUUGGACAUACACCCAUNUUGUAUUUAAAGUUGAACUAACACAAUUUGUUAUAUUUAUAUAUUAUCAUAUAAUUAAAUAAUCUCAUCUUUUAAAACCUAUAUCAAAACAAGACACUUAAAAUUACUUCAGCACGAAUUCAAAUUUUUGUUUUAUGA